UCAAAGCUAAAAUGAAGUCAAUCACAUCGCUCUUAGUAUUUAUUGGUUUUUUAGUCUUAGCCAAAACACAAGACUAUUGCGCUAGAUCUCUUUGUAAUGGUUUAAGACACAUUGGAUGUGGCAACUCUGGGGGUUUCUCAACAUACUGUUCCCCUGAUCGACGAGAAAUUCAAAUGACACCUCAAUUUAUCAACUCCAUCUUAAACCGACACAAUCAAAACCGUGAUGUUAUAGCUUCUGGCCGACUUCGGGGCUAUCGGUCAGCUCCAAGAAUGGCCACUAUGAUGUGGGACAAUGAACUUGCAAUGCUCGCUGGAAUGACUGCUAGAACUUGUAAAUUUGAACACGAUCAGUGUCGGAACACUUAUAGAUUUCAAUAUUCUGGACAAAAUUUAGCUGCAAACUGGUCAGGUGCCCCAUUUACGAAUUCAGUCUUGGAAACAGUACUUCCGAUGAUUGAUUCAUGGUGGGCUGAGCAUAAAGAUGCGAAUAUGAGAGUUAUGCAAAAUUAUCCACAAUAUCCAAGUGCAAUGUUUGGUCAUUUUACGGUUAUGAGUGUUGAGUAUAACAACGCUGUUGGUUGUGCUGUUACAACUUAUAAAGAUCGGCAAAUGCAAAACUAUAAUACUUUAUUACUAGUUUGUAAUUACGGCAAGUCAAAUAUGUACGGAAAUAGAAUUUAUGAAGAAGGAAGAACAGCAUCAAAAUGCAGCUCGGGAACCAAUCCAUUUUUUAGAGCCUUGUGUUCAGUAUCCGAACAAUAUUUAUAGAAAAAAGUAUUAAAACCAAAAAUGAUCUCAAAUAAA